AUGGUUCUUAGUGGAAAAAAUGGUGGCCUCCACCUGAAACCAUACUACAAACGAACAGGAGAGUAUCAUCCCUCAACAUUAUCAGGUGAAAGAAGUGGAAUCAGGAGAGCAGCCAAAAAAUUUAUUUUCAAAGAGAAUAAAUUGUUCUGUGUUGGAAAAGACAGAAAACAAAUGCGCCUGGUAAUUGUUUCAGAUGAGGAGAAGAAAAAGGUGCUUGAGAGAUGCCACGAAAAUGCUGCUGGUACUCAUCAUGGCAUAUCAAGAACACUAACUUUGGUGGAAUCUAGUUACUGUUGGACUUCUGUAACAAAUGAUGUCAAGCAGUGGGUGUAUGCUUACUGGCAUUGCCAAGUGGCAAAAAAUACAACCACCACAGCACCCAAACCACACCCUAUCAAAGCAGAAGACCCGUGGACAGCAGUCGCUAUAGACCUAAUGGGACCUUUUAAUCUUACCAACAGAGGCCACAAGUACAACAUAAUUAUGACAGAUUUGUUUACAAGGUGGACUGUUAUCCUGCCACUUCCUGACACUUCGGCACCUGAAAUUGCUAAGGCAAUCAUAAAUGUGUUUUUCUUACAUGGGCUACCUCAAAAUGAUCAAGGGAAGGAGCUUGUUUAUCAGAUAAAUGACGAACUGUUUGCACUGUUUGGAAUUAAACAAAUUGUAUUGUCAUAUCCUCAGAUAGAUGACAUAAAUGAAAGAACAUGCAAGGCAAUCAAAGCUUUCCUUAACAAAUACUGCACCAACCAUCCAAAUUAUUGGGAUGAACAUUUGUUUGCUAUUGCCUAUGCUUUCAAUUUGACAAAUCUGGAGCCAGAUCAGAACACCCCCUGUUUCCAAAUGUUUAAUCGUAACCCACAUGAUGUUGAGUCAACAAAUGUUUGUGUGGAAGGAGAAUACUGUACGUUAGGGAAAAUACUUGAAGCAACUGAAAAAGCUAGUCAAGCACUGGAAGAAGUGAGAACCUCAAAUUGCCAGGAGGAGAAAAUCACUUCAGAUGAACAAAAAAUCAGAAACAAAAUCGCUGUCAAAAGGAAGACAAAGCCAUUAAAUACCCUUCGGCUUGAAGUUGGCCAUGAAGUUCUCAGGCAGAGAAAAAAAUGGUGGAAAGAUGGUAGUUUCCAGUCAGAAUGGGUUGGUCUUUGUAUUAUAGAUUAUAUAACAGAUAACGACAGUGCAAUAUUAAGAGAUGCCACAGGAACCAGGUUGAAAAGACCCAUCAAGAUAUCUCACCUCAGGCCAUACAUAAGAGAGUCCCAUGAACAAGACAACCAUUAUUUUUUACAAGCUGCGGUAGUUGUUGACCAUGACUACAUUGGCUUACCUGAAAGAUCCCAUAAUCCAGGUCAAGGCCACCAAGACUCAGUUGCAAAAGGGGAAAUAAAUGCCCACACAAAGGCUAUCAUGUCUGCUGUACAAGUGCCACAUACGUCCUGCAAAGACCAAGAAUCAACAGAUGGUAAACAUCAGUCUCAACUGACAGAAGAUCAUUGCAUGAAUGCUGCAGAACCAGAGCGCUGGCCUUCACCUAGUUGGACACUUCACACCAAGACAGAGGAUACUUAAGCAUAGUGUCAUACCAGACUUCACUAACAAGAGUUUGGAGUUCUGUGUCCGACUGGAAAAAAAAAAAAAGUUAUAGCUCCAAAUUUCUUAGACAAAUUUACUUUCCUAUUUUGUGAAUGAGAGCACUGCAGUUGUAACCCGGUUAAUAUGUGUCGGGAUCACACAUUGGAAGGGACCUUGAAAGAUCAUCUAGUCCAACCCCCCUGCCAGAGUAGGACUACCUAGACUAGGUCACACAGGAACUCAUCCAGGUGGGUUUUGAAUAUCUCCUGAGAAGGAGAUUCAACAGCCCAUCUGGGUAGCCCGUUCCAGUGCCCCAUCACUCUCACAGUGAAGAAAUUCUUGUAUUUCUUUGGAAACUCUUAUGUUCCAGUUUAUACCUGUUUCCCCUUGUCCUGUCAUUGGCUAUCA